AUGAUUGAUGCCUCUGUUCCAUUUAUUGCGGUUAAUUUAGCUUAUUAUCAGCUAAUGAUUAAUGCUAUUGCAAGCAUGGGUGCAGGGUAUAAAGGGCCAAAUUAUCCAAGAGUCCGUGGGUAUUUGUUAAGUAAAAUAGUUGAGGAUGUGAGGAAAAUGAUUGAUGGUUAUCAUGAGAUUUGGAAACAAACUCGAUGCACUAUUAUGGCCGAUGGAUGGACUGAUCGUUGUAGGUGUACUUUGAUUAAUUUUUUAGUUUAUUGUCCUAAAGGAACUCUUUUUCUAAAGUCAGUUGAUGCUUCUAAUGUCUCAAAAACUGCUGAUGCUUUGUUUAAGUUGUUUAGGGAUGUUGUAUUAUUUUUUGGUCCUGAGAAUGUUGUGCAUAUUGUAACGAAUAAUGCUGCAAACUAUUUUGCUACGAGAAGGUUGUUGGAGGCUGAGUUUUCUAAAUUGUAUUGGUCCCCUUGUGCAGCUCAUUGUGUUAAUCUGAUGUUUCAAGAUAUUGGGAAGUUACAAGAAGUGAGUGAAACUUUGUCACAAGCUUCAGUGAUCACCAAGUAUAUCUAUAAUCAUUGCUAUCCACUGUUCUUGAUGAGAAAGUUUACAGGUGGGCGGGAAAUACUUCGUCCAGCUCUAACUCGGUUUGCCACUAAUUUCAUUGCUUUGCAAAGUAUUUUAGCUCAAAAGGAUCCUUUGAGAGCUAUAGUGACCUCUAAAGAAUGGAUAAGCUCAGCUUACCCCAAAGAUGCCAAAGCUAAGAAAUUUGUAGAUCAAGUCUUGGAUUCUAAAUUUUGGAGUCAAUGCACUAAUAUUGUUAAGCUUACUGAGCCUCCUAUUUGUGUUUUACGUAUUGUAGAUAGUGAAGAUAGAGUUGCCAUGGGUUUUCUUUAUCAAGCUAUUUAUAAGGCUAGAGAAGAAAUGGUGAAGAGAGAAUUUGAAAAGCACAAACAAACGACUUCUGGCUUGUUGGAUGUCAUUGAGAAAUAUGCUUAUGAUGAUCUUGUAUUGAAUUCUAAGCUGACAAGUGAGAAGAGAAUCUUUAAGAAUGCUGAACAAGAUUUCGGAAGACAAUCUGCAAUACGUCAACGAACCACUGUUAUGCCAGGUGAAUUUCUUCAUAAAUUUGGUCUUUUACGAUUGUGA